AUGGCGUGUUUCAAAUGCCAUGCAGAUGCAAAAGAUGGGGAGGUUGCAAUAUGGUCCGGACAGAAAUGGCUUUGGGUGUGGAAUUGCAGCCACCAGUGGGACCAGAGCUCACAUUCUUACGUACAGCUCCCACGCGUCCUGCGAUUUGAUGCGAAAGCGCUUGAAGUUCCUGGCACCAUAUAUUGUUACAGAUGUUGGGAUGACUGGGGGCAACAUGUCAAGCCGGGCAGCAAAUAUGCACUGAGCAGCACUUGCGAAGAAAUGGCCGUUCGACUCGGAGUGAUGUUUGAAGCAAAUAACACCCAGAGUAGGAAGAGCAAUCCCUUCCAUUGCAUUCUUUGCAACGCAUAUUUCAAUGCAGGCGCUCGCUCACUAGAGAUGCAUUUGAAAGCAGCCCACCUUGAUCAAUUCCAGCAGAACAAGCAGAAGGCUGAUGCAUUACAAAAAGCUCACCUGAAUCCAUUGGUUGGGAGCAAACGGAAGGCUGAUGCAAUGAUCUCUGAAAAGGAUUUCGAGCCAGUGCUUUACGUUUCUGGCUGCAGCCAUGCUCUGAUUGCUGCCCAUAUUGAAGGCAGGUACACGGCAACCAAGUGGAAUCAUGGGAAGCCAAUCUAUGAAAAAGAGCAGACCAAGCAGCCAGCUGAUGGUUUUUGGGGCCCCACACCCAGAUCUGCAUUCAUCUACUUCUGGGAUGAGCGUGACGGAGCCCUUCAGCAUGGCUGGUGGUUCGCACCCAUCGUCGGCCACAACAACGUGUGGGCCUUCAAUGGGGCCAAUCGGGAGGCUGAAGUCUUGACGGUACCGGAGUCUGGUUGGAGGAUUACCUUCGAUGGCGACAUCGAUAAGACUCUGCGGGUCACAGCAAGUCCAGCAAAAGGGUUGGAGGACUUAAAGCUGGAGCUUCGCUGGGAGUUUCUGGCAAGCCCAGAGGGAGCCUCACCAGAAGAUUGGCAGCCGAUGAAGCAAGACAUGAACGAUGUACUUGAGAAGCGUUGGGCCAAACAUUGGGACGGUGAUGAUGGCACUGACUUUUUCAAUGUCGAAUCAAAUGGCUUCACAUAUCGCAUCGAUUGCUAUACCAUGUAUCAAGAAAACUUGAAGACGUACCGAUGUCGGCGCAUCAGGCGGGGAGAGCCCAGAGCUAGCAUGGCGGCUGUGCUCCCAAAACUGAUGGCGAAGGAUGCCGAGAUCGCACGCCUUCAAGCCCAGAACAGUGACCUCUUCAAGGAACUAGACAAGUUGGAUGACAAGGUCAGAAGGUUGGAGCAGGAGAAAGCUACUUUGAUGGAUUCAGUGGUGGAGCAUGAUGGCCAGAUGAUGCUGCAGGAAAUUUGGCGAAUGGGUCGCCAGCUACAAGUGAAAGUGUACAAAGAAGUCCCUGCUUGGCACAAACUCUAUUCCAUCAUCAAAGAUGCAUUGCUCGAUGCGUGUCCCAAAGACCACUUUGGCCAUUGCCAUCGCAUUCGGGAUGCUCACAUCACGGAAGUGAAGCAGAUAUUUAACGUUGAAGUGUGGAAGGACUAUGAAUUCCGCAAAAAAAGAGUGCGAAAAGAGCUGGAAGAAGGACCUGCCUGUGUGCGCCUGACUAGCAACCUGAAUUCAGAAGUGUGCAGUUGGGCUGAGCUGGACCCAAAGAUCAAUGAGAUUUUGGUGAUCCAUGGCACGACGUUUGACAAAAUCGAUCAAAUUGCCACCUGUGGAUUUGAUGAGCGCCUCGCACGUGAAAGCGGCUUGUACGGGCAGGGUGUGUACUUCACAGACCAAAGCUGCAAGAGUUUACAGUACUCGGGCGCAGCGACGCAACAUGUUGGUUGCUUGAUCAUUGCACGCCUGGUUCUCGGGCGUCCUUUCUUCGCUGGAGGGCCCCAGAAAAACUUGAAGAUAGAGCCCUUUCUGGAUGUGAAUGACCCUUCCAAGGGUCGCUUCCAUUCCGUGAUCGCCCGCCCUGGAACCCCCACAGGCCUCGGGCCACAACCACAGGUUCAUCAAGAGUAUGUGGUUUUCGAUGGUGCUCAAGCAUAUCCAGAGAUGAUUGUGCACUUCAAGAUUCCCUGA